CUGGGAUAUUUUCAUCGAUGAAGUUCAGUGGCGCUGUCGUGGUGGCUGCGGCCCUUCUGCAGGCAAGUGUCGCCCAAGUGCAUGUCUUGACCAGCAAGAACUUCAAGCAGCAAGUGCUCGACAGUUCGGACUACUGGCUGGUCGAGUUUUAUGCUCCGUGGUGUGGCCAUUGCAAACAGCUUGAGCCCGAGUGGAAGGAGGCUGCAAAGCAAUUGAAAACGAAGGCCAAGCUGGGCAAGGUGGACUGCACCGUGCAUCAAGAUUUGGGCCAAACGUAUGGCAUUCAAGGGUAUCCUACGAUUAAAGAGUUCGGGAAGAACAAGAAGAAGCCGAAAGACUUCAACGGCGGACGACGGGCCAGCGAAAUCGUCCAAUACGUGCGCAGCAACCCCCACGCAGGAUUGUUUGAGCGCGUCGACUUGUUGACAUACACGACCAUGCAACCGUUCUUGGAGUCGCAAAAGCUCCCCAAGGUGGUGGUGUUGGGAAGAAACAAGCAGAAAAAGGGAAAGCCUCGAUGGCUGGAUGACGUCGCGCAGCAGUUCCGCUCCAAGGCGUCCAUUGGGUUUGUUCCUGGCAGUGAAGUAAAGGUAGUCAACCAGUUCGGCAUCCCAGAAUCGGACAGACCCAUCGUGUUGGUGGCUCGAGGGUCGGAAUAUGUAUGGGUCAAACUGCAUCAAGUGGAAACCAUCAAAGACGACGUUGUGGCGUUCAUUAAGCAAUCAUUGAAGGGGCCGUUGAUCGAGCCACAGUCGUUGCCAGUGUUUCCACCUCGGGAGGACGCGUCGCCCAAGAAGAAGCCGCCGAUUGGAGCAGUGCAACAGCUGCACGCGUCGACGUUCGAGUCGCUUUGCUUGGCCGGCGGUGCCAAGAUGUGCGUCGUGUACCUGCCAUCGUCGAUGGAGUUUGAUCUAAAGCCCGCAGCCAAGCAGUUCCGCCGGGACCCGUUGAGGCUGUUCUACAUCCAUCCAGAGGACGUUGGGUUCCACAGUCAGCUGGCCCAGUGGCUCGAUCUCCCCAAGACAACCGCCGCCAAUCGGGCGUUGGUGUUCAAAACUGGCACACAAGUUCGCAUGACUGAUCUGGCUGACGUCCGAGACACUGCCGCCUUGGAGAACCAGCUCACGCAAGUCCUGGAUGGACUUCACCCGUUCCGACCUGUCAUGACUGCUCCAUUUGAACCUGCCGCCGCCCACACAGAGGAGUUGUAGGCAAGAAGGCUUUGUGGGAUUAAGCCUGCGUACUAUAUACUACUGUAAUGCAAGCACUCAACCGACUACUGUCUAACGUCCCACGCGUUCAAACUCGAAACACACAGCCG